AUGGAACGCGAAUCUCAACAAAUGGAUCGAUUCAAUCCCAUCAAUGUGGAGGCUAAAUAUGUGGGAGAUAUUUUCAAAGUUCGAGACAAACCACAAGAUCAUGUGGGAUAUCUUCCGGAUGUCCUUCAAGAAAAGAUUUUUUCCAAUCUAACACCACCUGACCUGGCCCAGUGUGCUCGUGUAUGUCGCGCCUGGUUACAGAUCACUGAGAGAAGCUGCAAUAUGGGUCGUUUAGAUCUGUCUUCUAUGGGAGAGAAGUUGGACAAUGAUUUACUUGGUCGAUUGACACGCAAACGGCGGAUCAGCUUGAGACAGAUCAAUUUGCAUGGAAGCUGUGGUUUGAGUUUCGUCGGAUUUCGUUUACUGGCUGCAUGCUCUAAUUUGCAAGACAUCAAUUUGUCCGGAUGCCUCGGUUUAUCGAUCGGACCGACUUGUUUGCGUGAAAUCUGCAGAUCCUUACCAAAAGUGAAGCACUGGAUACUGAAUCAUUUGCCUUGGUUAGCUGAUACGGAACUUAAGGCACUGGCCGAUUCAUGUUUGGUAGUUGAGACAUUGGAAUUGUUGAAUUGUGUCCAGAGGAAGUUCACUCCACAGGCUCGAUCGGCCGGUGUUCGCGUCUCAGCAGAAACUGAUAAACCAGAGGCCGUGAAGCGGUCGUCCACAACACCCGGAACGAUGUCGAGAAAUCAACUUUGGGAAUGCAAAUCAACCGCGCGGAUAACGGAUGCCGGACUGAGCGCCGCAUGUCAACGCGGUUUGAAACGUUUUAUCGCCUCCAGUUUACAGUAUGUGGACGGUACAUGUUUCCAAAUGUGCAUUGCUCCGAAUUCAGACACGGCACGUCGGAUCCCGAAUGGUAGACCACAUCAAAUAGCCAGUUCGAUUCCAGAACGAUUAAACGAUCUCACUCAAUUCACAAUGACAAACUGUGCUCGAGUAAGUUACUGGUUUGGAUCACUCUUGGCUUGA